AUGAGCGCUGUUGCCACCCCCUCUGUGCCCGCACAAUGUGGUUCUUUUAUAUCAUGUCUUAUACCUUCCAAGUCUUUACCUACCGGUGCUGCUCUUUCAAUUCCUCCCUCUGGUGGCCUCACUCCCUCGAAUCAUGCUAGUGGCGUCACAAGUACCUCAAUCACUCCUAGCCAGCCCGCUAUUACACCAUAUAGCAUUCCGUUCAUCAUCACCAAUGACAUUAGUGUUCCCAAUACAGCUUCUCCUGGAGCUGAAAUUACCGACACACAAUACUUGUCUACAACAGUGGACAGUCCUCUGCCGGACAAUAUAUCUGGUUUGGGGUCAGGGUCGGGAUUAGGCUCAGAAUCAUGCUCAGGAUCGUCGAUAUUGUUCUAUACCACAUAUACUCCAGCUCCAACUCAGUCUCCUCUAUUCCCUGUUGGCGGCUUCACCUCCGACUAUAUCACCACUACCAUUACCGUUACGAAGACAGUCUGCGAGUGCGAGGGAACAAAUUCUCCUACACCAUUUCAAAACGUCUACACUUGA